AUGCUUCUCGGCACAUUUCUUGGCCUUGCCGCCUCCUACGCCGUACUCGUCCAGGCCGUUGACCUUACUGGCUACGAGUACAUCGUUGUCGGAUCCGGCGCCGGUGGGGGGCCGCUUGCCGCACGCCUGGCUCUGGCCGGACACAAGACACUCCUCAUCGAAGCCGGCGACGACCAGGGCACCAGCACCAACUACACGGUACCGGCUUACCAUGCCCGCGUCUCCGAGGACGAGCAGCUAGCGUGGAACUUCUUCGUCCGCCAUUACGCCGAUGAUGCCCGGCAGGCUCGCGACUGGAAGACCAGCUACGACACUCCGGAUGGCAACAUCUACACGGGCAUCAACCCGCCUCCCGGGUCCAGGAUGAAGGGUGUGCUGUAUCCUCGCACGGGGACCCUCGGCGGCUGCACCGCACACAACGCCUUGGUGGCCGUCUACCCGUACCAGUCCGACUUUGAGUACAUGGUCAACCUGACGGGCGACAGCUCCUGGGCUCCCGACAACAUGCGCAAGUAUUUCCAGCGGAUGGAGAAGAAGCAGUAUCUCAAUGGCCUGCCUCAAGGCCAUGGCUACGAUGGCUGGCUUACGACGGAACUGACACCCCUCACCGUUCCGCUCAAGGAUCCGCAGCUCCUUGCUGUCCUUACGGGUGGUGCCUUUGCGCUCGGCGACGUUCUCAACCAGGUCGUCAACAUCGGGACGCUGCUAGCAGGUGACCUCAACGCCGACAACGACAGCCGCGAUCGCAGGCCCGACUACUACCAAGUCCCAAUCAGCACAAACAAGGGCGCCCGCACUGGCGCUCGCGAGUUUGUCGUCUCUGUUCGGGACGCCCGCAACGCAGACGGCAGCAAAAAGUACCCGCUCGACGUGAGGCUGAAUUGCCAUGUCACCCGCGUGGCCUUUGACAUGUCGGUCUCGCCGCCCCGUGCUACUGGAGUCGAGUUUCUCGACGGCGCACAUCUCUACCGCGCCAGCCCGCUUAGCAGGUCUGCGUCGCGAGGCAUUCCUGGUUCCGCCACGGCCUCACGAGAGGUGAUCAUCUCGGGAGGCGCCUAUAACUCGCCUCAGAUCCUCAAGCUUUCCGGAGUUGGGCCUGCAGACGAACUGCAGCGCUUCAACAUCAGCGUGGUGGCCGAUCUCCCUGGCGUCGGCACCAACCUGCAAGACCACUACGAGACGUCCGUCACGGCCAAAUUACCCAACGACUGGCCCGCUCUCAACGGGUGCACCUUUCAGUUCAACGACACGCACGACCCUUGCCUCGACAAGUGGCAGCGCCCAGUUCUCGGAGACCGCGGCACCUACGCGUCCCAGGGCCUCCCCAUCACCAUGCUCUACAAGUCCACCGCCAGCGCCGACGGCAACUUCGACACCUUUGUCUUUGGAGGACCCGUUAACUUCAUCGGCUACUUCCCGGAAUACUCGUACCACGCCACAGCCGAGCACGACUGGUGGAGCUGGGCGGUGCUCAAGGCGCACCCGCGCAACAACGCCGGCAGCGUGACGCUGCGGUCGGCCGACCCGCUCGUCCCGCCCGAGAUCGUCUACAACUACUUCGACACGGGCAGCGGCGACUACCAGGCGGACCUGCAGGCCAUGUACGAGGGGAUUGAGCUGGGCCGGCGGGCGCUGCAACGGCAGCCCCUGCGCACGAACGAGGUGCUGCCGGGGCCUGACUUCAACACGCAGGAGGAGCUGGAGCAGUACAUCAAGGACGGCGCGUGGGGCCACCACGCCAGCUCGACGUGCCCGAUCGGGCCGGACGGCGAUCCCAUGGCCGUGUUGGACAGCAAGUUCCGAGUGAGGAAGGUUCGGGGGCUGAGGGUGGUGGACGCGUCGGUGUAUCCGAGAAUUCCGGGGACGUUCACGGCUGUGUCGACGUUUAUGGUUGCUGAGAAGGCGGCCGACGAUAUAUUGAGUGAUGUUGCAUAA